CUUGUCUCAGAUUUCGGCCGCAUAUUACCACUAAUACCUUUACUCGGGACCUAGUAGAAGUUGUUGGUUCAAGUGCGGGUUGUACCGACUUUCCCACAGCCUUCCUACAUUGCAUUGUGUCUUUUCUCAAAAAUAUGAAAUUCCCUGUGCCAUUUCAGGGCAUUCCUGUACAUUCACCAAGAAGCCGGUAAUGAUGCUACCUACAUGUCCCCGAUCACCUUUGUGAAGCAGACGUAUUUCUCAAGCGGUGCCGAGCCCUACCUUCGAUCCCACACCUUUCGAAACCACAACUCCGAAUCGCACUAAAUCUACUCAUCCAAUAUUGCCCAUCAAGGCCUCUUCUUCUUUCCUCCUCGCAACGAAAAGAAUCGCCCACAAUGACUAUCCACGACCCGCCGCCCUCGACACCCACAGCCCACGGACUCACCCGCGACCAAAUCCUCGCCCUGCACACGCACGGCAGCAAGCAGACGUGCCACGCACUCCUCAAUACCUCCCAACCGCCGCUCACGAACCCCCUCGUCACAUGCCUGAUAUGCAUCCAUCCGUACCACUCUGCGAACGUGGACGGGAAUGUUGAGGUCCCAGUUAUGACGGCUUGUGGACAUGUUUUUGGGGAUGGGUGUUUGGGGGUGUGGAUGGAGGAGAGUGAGAAGGGGGGAGGUGGGGGGAAUAAUGGGGGAACUUGCCCGAUGUGUAGAUUUGUGCUGCGGUAUAGAGAGUGCGGCCACAUUAUUCGCGCGGUGCCAACUAUGAAACCUUCUUGCUAAUCAAUUUGAUGGCAGAUCCACUGCCACCGCCCAAAAUCAUCACGCAAGAACAAAUACCGCUGCGUUGCGGGAAG